UAGAAGAAGAACAAAAACUGCCCGAUCUAGGUGAAGUCUCGGUUUAUAUACGUUUUGGUUUUAGGAUGUUGAGGGACUAGGUGUAGGUUAUGGUGUGGAGAAGUGUCCGAAGGUAGGGGGUCGAUGUCUUAUCUAUGAUGUGGACUAAGGUGUGUCAUAGCUUCAGUGUAGGUUAUGAUGAUAAGGUGGUGAUGUGUCCAAAGGAGUCCAAAGCUCGGGGUGGCUAUCUCAUGGUUGAGAUGAGAUUGAUGUCACACUCCCAUCGAUAUUUUAGUAAUGCGAAUCGCUCAAGCGGUGGUCUCGAGAAUGAUCUUUCGUUUCGUUUGUCCGCAACAUUAAAACCAUUAGCUGUUGUUGAAUAUAACGAAGGAAAGUGUGGUAUAGAUUAUUCCGACCAAAUGGUUUCUUAUGCCACCACAAUUAGAAAAGGAAUCAAAUGGUACAGAAAACUUGGCAUUCGAUUCUUUCUGGGAAUUUCUGUUGUAAACGCUUCGACGGUUUACAAAAUUGCAACAAGGAAAAAUAUAAAUAUUAGAAUAUUUAGACAAUUAUUAGUUGCAAAAUUAUUAGGGUUGUCUGAAAAUACAAAAAGUCCUUGUCUUCGACGGAGUCGGCAUAAUAUCGCCGUUCGGAAAAACGAUUCCGGAAGAAGCAUUAGACGCGCAUGCAAACUAUGUUAUGCAAAUAAAAGACGUCGAAUGGACCGAACAAAGGCACAAAGGAAUUUGAAGAAAACAACAACUUAUUGUCCAAAUUGUCCCGACCAACCUCAGUUAUGUAUAGAAUGCUUUAAAGUUUUACAUUCUAAAUAAUUUUUUAAUAAACCAUUUUCGUAUUACUUUUAUAACAAUUCAACUAUUAUUACAAUUAAUUGUUAAUUAACAAUUUAUUAUUAUGGAAUAUCUUUUCAAAUAGCUACGACGAUCCUUCGCAAGUAGUCAAAUAAGCGACACCCGAAUAUGGGUUGCGUGGCCUGACCAGAAACUUUACUGACACCCGAAUACGGGUCAACGUGUUAAACCAACGUGGCGGUCAACGUGUUAAACCAACUGAAUAGUUUACAUUCAUCUGUUUUCGAGACGCCGCGCAAACACAUACCUCCACACACUGAUACCCACAUAUACGUAUCUCUACUACAUAUUUAACCCAGUCCAGCACAAAAAAUUAUACAUAUCUCAACAUCUAUCUCCGACAAAUAUUGGUAAAUAAUAAUUAUACAACCUUUGGGAUGCUUCUUAUGCAUGAAGCUUAACACACUUGAGUGGCUUUUCGUACAAUCAAUCUCGUUGCAUUUUAUGCCACCUACUGAUCAGGCUGGCAGCGGAAACGGUCGGCACAUCAAACAUAAAAAGAAGAUUAAAAAGGAAACACCCAACAGAUCUCACAAAGGACAUAACCUAACAAACACGUACUAUCUGAGAUAAUUAAAGAAAUAAAUCAAUCAAAUUCGAAGAUGGUAUCCCACUGGGGGUAGCCAUCCACAUGUUAUAAUACUAUACCACUAAGCUAUAACAUUUUACCAGAUGUCCUAUUGGACAAAUUGUAAAAAGUAAAUAAAUAAAUAAAAAAAAAAACCUACUGAUCGGUGAGGAAACGAUACUUAAGGUGAAAAUUACAAAGGGUGGCCUAGUGUAAGUAUUUUUGUCUUAAGGCUGAUGAUGAAAUUUUCGGAAAGUUGGGAAUUUUUUUCAUAUUGUUAUAUAUACACCCAACAGAUCUCACAAAGGAUAUAACCUAACAAACACGAAGAUGGUACCCCGCUGGGGGUAGCCACCCACAUGAUAAUCAAAAAACCAAAAAAUUUUACCAAAUGUCCAAAUCGGACAAAUUGUGAAUGUAAACAAUUAAAUGAAAAAAAAAUAUUGUUAUAUAUGUUAUCAAAGUUGAAUUUUAUUACAUAUUUCUAUUAUUACUGUGAAAAGUUAUAGAUUGCUUUCACAAGAUUAUAUUGUUUAU